UGUAUUAAGUUAUGGCCGGUUGUUUUGACAUGUUGACGUGUCCUGUCUGAAAUGAGGGCUGUUAUUAAUUAUAUACUUACGGCCCUAUUCUUUUUGUUUAUAUUAAGAUCCAUCUACAGCCUUCUAAGCAUAUACAGGGCCCCAACAUGCGCGGAACACGACAUAUGUUACAAAUCAUUCCUAAACAAGGUUCCUAACCUAGAUCUCUACGUGUUUUUAUCUGAUAAUUCCAAGUCCGGCAAUUUCGACCAGAUCCUAUUCCUCGAGAAGUUCAACUACACGACCCCGUUCGAAAGAGUGGUGCCGAUUGAGCUGUCAAAACCAGCAAGGAAUAAUGGGUCGCUGUACAUUCACAACGUUAUCCUGCCCAGUAAACCACGCAAAAACCCCUCCCUGAGGGAAUUAAUUGACAGUCCAGAUGCCACCUAUGUUAGAAAUAGGUUGACGAGAUAUGCAGUGCCUCUUAGUGCAACUUUUAAUUUACUCAGUGAGAACACUAAGAGUGAACAGUACAAACCAGUCACACACUUGAAAAGUAAAUACGCACUAUUGAUGAUGACUGAACACUUAAAUAUACCCCAUGCUGAGAUUCCCAAUGAGUUUCUCAGGUACUUUAGGGUUAAUAUGAGGAAGGAGUUUUUGCCCAUUGCCGAAGAAGACAGCUUACAAAUGCGUCUGAGGGACUUGCAGGAAAUUACCGUGGAUACUAGGAAAACUGAGUUUUUAUACACUUACAUGCCGGCUUCACUGGGCAAAAUGAGAUUUUUGCUGCAAAUUAAGGCCACUUUGCUGCAGUUCAUUCAGUUGGGCUUCACUGAGAAGGACCUGGAUGAAGUUAAAGGGGUGUUCGCCGACACUAAUUUGUAUUUGUUGUGUGCCACUGUGUUAAUUGGAAGUAUACAUUUGUUGCUGGAUUUUCUGUCGUUCAAAAACGACGUCAGCUUCUGGAAGUCACAGAAAUCAAUGGCAGGGUUGUCUUCUCGCACCUUAUAUUGGAGAGCCUUUUCUCAGACUAUAAUAUUUUUGUACCUGUUGGAUGAAGGCACAUCUUUGUUAGUUUUAGUACCAAGUGGUGUGGCCACUUUAAUAGAGUUCUGGAAAGUUAGCAAAGUCCUAAAGACCAGUUUGUCUUGGAGAAGUGGUCUGUCAUUUAAUAAAAUGCAACAAGAAACAGCAGAAGAGAAGAAAACCAGGCAGUAUGAUGAGGAGUGCAUGAAGUAUUUGAGUUACUUGCUCUAUCCACUUUGUGUUGGUGCAGCAAUGUAUUCAUUACUUUAUCAGUCACAUAAAAGCUGGUACUCGUGGACGAUCAACAGCCUAGUAAAUGGGGUCUACGCCUUCGGGUUCCUGUUUAUGUUGCCCCAACUUUUCAUCAACUACAGACUUAAAUCGGUGGCUGCGUUGCCGUGGCGUGCCUUCACCUACAGGGCUUUCAACACCUUCAUCGAUGACAUAUUUGCCUUCAUCAUAACCAUGCCCACGGCCCACAGGGUGGCCUGCUUCAGGGACGACAUCAUAUUCCUUGUUUACUUGUACCAAAGAUGGUUAUAUCCUGUGGAUCAGACCAGGACUGAUGAUCAAGUUGGGGAGGAGGCCGUACCGGAAGGUACUAAAAAGAAAAAGGAAUAAUUUUGCUGAAUUUAAUAAAUAUUUAUUUAUUUA